UCUCCUGCAGCCAGAUAGCAGGGCUCCCACAGAGCUGCCGGAGAAGUGGUACCCAGCAAGUCAGCUUGUAAAGCGGGUUGGAUUUGAGAGAUCCUGGAAUCCAUUAAGUUAGAGUACCCUUGACCUUGCAUUUGAAUAGAUUAUUUUCCUUUCCAGUCGUUGGGCUUGCGCGAGAUUUUAGGACAGAUGGACUUAAAACCUGCCUGACCGUGGACCCCUCACCGGAACACCUGCAGUGCUUAUUGCAGGCGUGACCAGGACACUACCUUCUAGAAGUAAUGCCCACAGAAAGCGGAAGCUGUUCAACUGCUCGCCAAGCAAAACAAAAGCGCAAAUCUCAUAGCCUUUCCAUACGAAGAACUAACAGCUCAGAACAAGAGAGGACUGGACUACCAAGAGAGAUGUUAGAAGGACAGGAUUCCAAACUGCCUUCCUCAGUUCGCAGUACAUUGUUGGAACUGUUUGGUCAGAUAGAAAGAGAAUUUGAAAACCUUUACAUCGAAAACUUAGAAUUGCGCAGAGAAAUUGAUACUCUUAAUGAACGCUUAGCUGGUGAAGGACAAGCCAUUGAUGGGGCAGAAUUGAGUAAGGGCCAGCUCAAAACAAAAGCCAGUCACAGUACCAGUCAGCUUUCUCAGAAGCUAAAGACCACCUACAAAGCUUCCACCAGCAAGAUUGUCUCCAGCUUUAAGACUACCACAUCAAGGGCCAUCUGCCAGCUUGUGAAGGAGUAUAUUGGCCACAGGGAUGGCAUCUGGGAUGUCAGUGUUGCAAGGACACAGCCUGUGGUUCUUGGGACAGCGUCUGCUGAUCAUACGGCUUUGCUGUGGAGCAUAGAGACGGGCAGAUGUCUUGUCAAAUAUGCCGGCCAUAUGGGCUCAGUAAAUUCUAUAAAAUUUCAUCCCUCAGAGCAGUUGGCUCUUACUGCUUCUGGAGAUCAGACUGCUCAUAUUUGGAGAUACGUGGUACAGCUUCCAACACCUCAGCCUGUUGCCGAUACUAGCCAAAUUUCUGGUGAAGAUGAAAUAGAGUGUUCUGAUAAAGAUGAGCCUGACAUUGAUGGAGAUGUGUCCAGUGACUGCCCUACUGUCCGUGUUCCGCUGACGUCUCUCAAAAGCCAUCAGGGUGUGGUUAUUGCUGCUGACUGGCUGGUUGGUGGGAAGCAAGUGGUGACAGCCUCAUGGGACAGAACUGCCAACCUGUAUGAUGUGGAGACAUCUGAACUUGUUCAUUCUCUCACAGGGCAUGACCAGGAGUUAACACACUGUUGCACUCACCCCACCCAGCGGCUCGUGGUGACCUCUUCCCGUGACACAACUUUCCGUCUUUGGGAUUUCAGGGACCCUUCCAUCCACUCCGUGAAUGUUUUCCAAGGACACACGGAUACUGUGACCUCUGCUGUGUUCACUGUGGGAGACAACGUUGUUUCGGGCAGCGAUGACCGCACAGUAAAAGUCUGGGAUUUAAAAAAUAUGAGAUCUCCAAUUGCGACAAUUCGUACAGACUCUGCCAUUAAUAGGAUCAAUGUAUGUGUUGGCCAAAAAAUCAUAGCCCUCCCCCAUGACAACCGGCAAGUGCGAUUGUUUGAUAUGUCAGGAGUGCGACUAGCACGGCUUCCCCGGAGCAGCCGGCAGGGUCACAGACGAAUGGUGUGCUGCUCAGCGUGGAGUGAAGACCACCCCAUGUGCAAUCUGUUCACAUGUGGCUUCGAUAGGCAAGCUAUUGGUUGGAACAUCAAUAUUCCUGCAUUGUUACAAGAAAAAUAAGUCACUGGUGUUCCUUAGUUUGAAGUUUGCCAUGGACCUUUGAUUCAUGCAGGCUCUUCUGCAUAUUGAUCAGCCAUUAUAGUGAGAAUUUGGCCCUGGGAAGGGUGCCUUGUAUAUGUUCUUUUUACAUUGUGCCCAGCUUGCAUGAAACGUACAGAGAGAUGUGUAAUUCUGUUUUUUGUUUUUGUCCUGUGUAUAUUGGCAUCCUCUGGUCAGUAGAAGUGAAGCUCACCUCCCAUGUAGCAUACAAAAUGCUCUGAGUUGUUGACGUUGACAGAUGAGCAGUAGGGCAUUACAUUACAUUAUAUGAAUUAAAUGUGAACUGUGUACCUGUCGUGAGGCAUAAACAGUCUGUUACAUUGUCUGGAGUAAGUAUCCAUACCUACCGUGUCCUGGGAAGACUGCAGAGUUUAUUGCGUUGGCUAUCGAGAGGCAGACUGACUGAUAAAGAUUUCAUGUUUGGUUUGUGUGAAAUUAUAGCAUAUGCUGUUGUGUAAUUCAUUUCAACUCUUAACUUCUGUUCCAGUUCUGUAAAUGUAACCUGGAUUUACAACAUUUGUGCAGAGUUUCUUUUGAGAAAAAAACAUUUCUCUUCUUUUAUUAUACAAAAUGAUUUUAGUCUCCCAAGGUCUCAUACAAGCAAAAUUUAAAAUAUGAUUCUCAUCACUGAUUUUAGAUAUUAAAAAAAAUCAAAGCACUUUAAUUUAUAGCUGUGGUUCUAAACAGGUUUCAGAAGUUUCAAAUGACUUAUCCAUUGAAUGUGACUUGACCUUUAUACAAAGGCCUGCUACCUGAAGACAGAAUCUUAUUUAUUUUCUACACCUUGAAUUUGCAUAUUUCUAAAUGAGUUCACUUCUUUGGUGGUAUUUGAGAGCCGAGGAUGCAAAUAAAUGAGCACUACCUCAAAAUAAAUAUUGGGAAAACUUUGGAGUCUCACUGUUGUCUAGAUAAGCGCUUGGAUUUAAAGCUGGAAUACUGGAUUCAAGGUAGAAGGCAAGAAAGGCAAUCAUACCAAACAUGUUCUGAAGGUGAAAGGCUCUCUAGACAGGCUGAAGAAGUGAUGGCCAUGGUGGGUAGUUCAUAGGCAACAAGAAGCAUUUGUCUAAAACAGCUUGGAUACCUCUCAGUGCCAGUCCUACUACUGCACAAGUGAGCCUUUUGUUCUUGCCUUCUAGAAACCACUGUUCAUCUGAUAUUUGAAAGUUUGUGUUUCUUACAGAGUUACAGUUUUGAUAAAGAGACAUCUCAGUUACUGCCCCUCGCAUUUUAAUCCUUUCCAUACCGCCCUUUGGAGACUGACCUCUUGGGGAGAAGAGGAAAAGUAGUAUGCUGUUACAGUUACCCCACCUCUUACCUUUUUCAGGUCCCUGUUUUUUCUUUGGGUGGCACAGGAGGGCACCUGAACUAGUAAGUGGUAGGAAGUUUGGUGUAAGAUGUAUGUGUUGUGCAUAGAACAUUUGGGUGUCCUGUGGUGGUACUUUCUAGGAGUGAGAACUUGGUUAUUGGCACCUUUGACUUGGGCACCAAAGGAACUGAUAUUAGGAACUUCUCAUCUGACUCAUUUAGAAUGAUUCUUUGAGGAAUUUUGUUUUUUCAACUAAAAAAAAAAAAUGUAUUUUUAAAGUCUGACCCUUCUAAUCACAAGUCUCACCAUGGUGUAUUUGUGAACCGAGUCAGACUGGUCACUGUAAUUGAUUAUUGUACUUUUUAAGGACCUAGCUCUGACUGUUUUGAAUGUAUUUUGCUUGAUGGUGGAGUACUGGAGGAUGCUGAUCCCAGUGGUCUGCUUUACUUACAGCCACCAGAAUUUCUCUCUCCUCCAUCCCAGUAUACUCACAUACUCACAGAGUUGCUCAUGAUGAUGACAAACUUUGUUCUUAUGUUCCUUGUAUCUUAAUCUGAAAGUAAACAUAAGAACCAGAUCUCUACCAGACACAGUUUUGGAACUUUUAAAAAAAAUUAUAUUCGUGACCAUUUAGUUCUAUGUAGACUAUGACCUUCACUGCCAAUAGCUGCUUAUUUUCUUUGGCUAACUGGAGGGACCAGCCUCUGACACAGAAGUGAGGCUCUUCACUCAUUUCCAGAAGACCCUAAUGGUGCUCGCCCAGAGUGCUCAGGAGCAGGAUGUGACUUCCUGUUAACCGCUGUGUCAUGUGUUCCCAUCCCUUCGCUGCUGUGGUCAGUGUUAUUUUCAAGGGUUUAUGACUGGCACAGGCUUGUGCUCAUGAGUGUGUGCAGGCUGUGUGCAUGUGGCUAAGGGUAAGUCAUGCUGUCAGCCACGUGUGAUCUCAAUAGAAACAGUGUUUGGAGAUAGGAACACUAUUGUGUGCUCGAGUGUCCAGAAUUUCAUUUAAUAACGGAGGGGAAAUGCGUGGUUAUUAAAUGUGCAUUGAUACAAAAUUUCCCAAGAGAUUUCUUGUUGGACAGAAUUAACACUCCCGUUCCCCCCUUAUUGCUGCGUACCAGUUUCUGUAGAGUCAGAAAAGCUCUGUACAUAUUUGGGAACCUGAAGACUGUAAAUCAUUUGUUACUUAAAUCUGUGAAAAAAAGUUUGUUUUGUUUUUUGAGGGAAAAGUGCAUUUAUAAAUGUUCUGUGGAAUCAGUUAUCUUUCCUGUAUUGAUGUAAUUGUUUUUUAAAUGUUCAGUGUCUUCAUUGAAAUAUGAAGUUCAUUAAAACAUUUGUGUUCUGUAAUUACUAUUAUAAAGGUUUAUGUUAUUGGGAGUCUCUGUGUUACUUUGUAAAGCAUUAUUGAUAGUUAUAGAAAUAUCAGUUGUCCAGAAAUCGAGUGAACUGCUUAUAAUGCCUGUUUGAAUUUUUUUUAUCUUAGACUUAAAACCCAGCUAUAUUCUUUAUCCAUUUCUUUUGCAAGUAAAGACUAGCAUUGGUAAGAUUUCACCAAGUUCUGCCAAAACAUUCUUUUCACAUUAUCCAUAAGUCUUAUUUUCCUGUAAUAACUUAAGAUUUUAAAAAACUUAUUUCAAAACUGUGAACAUUUCAAUUAUGCACAAAGAACAUGGGCUUUGUUAUAGAAAGAAGCUAAAAAUGAAGUUAUGGAAGAUUCAAGAUUUAAAUUCAGCUUCAUUAAAAUAGCUUUUGUUAGGGAUCUUUGGCAUGCUGAGCGUUCUGUGUGAAAGAAGCGAUGACAGUAUUUGAAGAAUGAAUGUGAAAUAAGGGGUGAAAUGCUUUCAUAGGAGCAAAGGGCACCAGCAGGGGUUUAUGUACAAUUAGUGUUACUGUAAAUUUCUGUAAUGGGGACACUGAGUUCGUGAUAGUAUAUUUUUAAGUUUUCAAAUGUAAAUUUUCAAGUAGAAUCACUUCAAAAACAAAAACACAUUGUGCUCUCCAGUGUGGUUUAGCAUUUGGGACUCAUGACUUGUGGGCUUAGAUAGAGAGGUGUUUGCUAGGUCAUGUCAGGUCAUUUAGCCAAGAGCCUUUGCUAAGGUGACAUUUAACCAAAGCAUAAAGGUUAUCAGUAGAAGGAAGUUGCAGAGCAUUUCUUGUUGGUGCAUGCACAGGUGUUGAGAGAGAGCUUGGCAUGGUGUGGGUACUGAUCACAGUGUGGCAGCACACAGUGUGGAAGGGGGUGGCCUGGGAUGAGACCGGGUGAAACAGAUAACCAUCUCAUUUAGAGGCCUUGAUAAGAAGUGUGGCUUUCGUUCCUCACUUGUUGAUUUCUCAUGGAGAUGCAGUAAGAUUAGACAGGCUGUGGAAGUCCAGGUGACAGUAGCUGUUGCCACACCUUGUUGGCAGCAGGAUGCAGGAUGGCAAUAGGGUAGAUUUGAGGUCUAGCACAGGUACUGAUUUAUGCCACAGUCCAAAAGUAUCUUUGAAGAACUGCCUAUUCUAGUUAUGCUUGUACAUUCGUCAGGGUCUCCAAGAUGUUUAAGGGACUGUUGGUAAGGAUUUCCCCUUAAAAAACAAUACAUUAGGGAGUUUCAAUAAUAGGAGACUUUAACUUAGCAUUGCUAAUUUAUUUGUCCCCUAUACUUUGUCACCAACACUUAGCACUGUCACAGUGUUGGCACUGUGCCCAUCCCUCAGCCACAGGGGCCCAGUAGAAACGGUCCCUUCUCGUCUAUGGCUAAUCAGGAUCCUGUCUUUAAAUUUUGGGCUGAGAAUUGGUCGAGCCAGUUUCUCCAGGAAUUAUUAGUGACCCUGCUUUUAAUCUGAGUGAAAAAUAGGAGGGAGUGUUUCAAAGUGCUAAGAAAAAAAAUUCUUAGAAAUGCAUCCUGAGCAAAAAACCAAGUUUAAAGAAUGAGCGUGAAAUAAGGGGUGAAAUGCUUUCAUAUGAGCAAAGGGCACCAGCAGGGGUUUAAUGUACAAUUAGUGUCACUGAUUUAGUAAACUUCUGUAAUAGGGACACUGAGUUCAUGAUAGUAUAUUUUUAAGUUUUCAAAUGUAAAUUUUCAA